UUUGUGAAUCCAGUGGUUUGGGGGAAUAAAUUGGUGCUGGGUGUUGUGCUGCUUGUGGGUAUUUGAAUUUGUGGCAGUGGUAGUGGUCAGCCAUCAUAUAAUAUUGAUCUGAAGGGGUUUUUUAUUAAUUUUCUUCCGUUUGUGGUCGUUUUGGAUGACUGAAUUGCAUAUAGAUUGUAUAAACUAGUUUAGGUUGGUCUUUGGAUAAUCCUGUCCUGAGGCAUGGCGAGUAUUGAUGCUUCGAAAUAUGCCCAUAGUCCUGUUCACAAGGCUGUAGUCAUCAAAGAUUAUGCUGGUCUCAGGAGGAUACUUGGUGGCCUUCCACGGCUUCGUGACCCUGCUGAGAUUCAAACUGAAUCGGUUUCACUAGCCGAGGAAUCCAAGGCUGAGAGUAUUUCGGUCAUGAUUGAUCGGCGCGAUGUCCCCAACCGUGAGACUCCUCUCCACUUGGCUGUUAGACUUGGUGACGAGACUGCUACCGAGAUGCUUAUGCUUGCUGGUGCAGAUUGGAGCUUGCAAAAUGAAUAUGGAUGGAGUGCACUUCAGGAAGCAAUAUGUAAUCGGGAGGAAGGGAUUGCAAGGAUCAUAGUUAGGCAUUACCAGCCACUGGCGUGGGCAAAAUGGUGUAGAAGGUUGCCACGGUUGAUUGGGACAAUGAGAAGGAUGAGGGAUUUCUACAUGGAAAUCACAUUUCACUUUGAGAGCUCUGUCAUCCCUUUUAUUUCGAGGAUUGCACCUUCUGAUACUUAUAAAAUCUGGAAGAGGGGUGCAAAUUUGAGGGCUGAUAUGACUUUGGCUGGUUUUGAUGGUUUUAGAAUUCAGCGUUCUGAUCAGAGUGUUCUUUUUCUUGGUGAUGGUUCCGAGGACGGGAAGGUCCCUGCGGGGUCCCUUUGCAUGAUCUCCCACAAAGAUAAGGAAGUGAUGAACGCAUUGGAUGGCGCUGGUGCUCCAGCAACUGAAGCGGAAGUCCAGCAAGAAGUGGCUGCCAUGUCUCAAACCAGUAUAUUCCGGCCUGGCAUUGAUGUGACUCAGGCAGUUCUUUUGCCUCAGUUGACAUGGAGACGGCAGGAGAAAACGGAAAUGGUCGGGCCAUGGAAGGCUAAGGUGUAUGAUAUGCACAAUGUGGUUGUGAGCAUCAAAUCCAGAAGGGUUCCAGGGGCUAUGACAGAUGAUGAGCUCUUCUCAUCUUCCAAUGAGAAUGAAACAGAGAGUGAGGACCUUAAUGAUCUUCUGACUGAGGAAGAAAGAAGGCAACUUGAAACUGCACUUAAGUUGGAUUCAUCAAAUUUGAGCAAUGAGAAUGGUGAUGAGAUUGUUGGACACCGGCAUAGUUCUUACGAGCAAAGGGAGAUUCCCAUCGAAGAUGUAAAUGGUUAUGGAUAUGGAGAAACUAAGCAGGAAAAGAAAGGAUGGCUUGGUGGGUGGAGGAAACGAGAUACUAAACAUGAUGGGCAGAAUAGGGUUGCCCUUCCAAGAAGUUCCCUUUGUGUAGACGAGAAGGUAAGUGAUCUGCUUGGGGAUUCACCAUCUAGAAGUCAGAACAAACCAGCAAGGCAUUCCAUGGAGAUUGCUGUGAAGAGGGAUGAGCAUCCAAGAGGAAGAGAUACAAAACUGUCUUCAUCAGCAACCUCUGAUAGUGGAAACCGCCACAAGGAUGCCAGCCGUGAGAGUGAAUACAAGAAAGGCUUAAGGCCUACUCUCUGGCUUUCCCCAAAUUUUCCAUUACGAACUGAAGAGCUCCUGCCAUUGCUUGACAUUCUAGCGAACAAAGUUAAGGCUAUACGACGAUUAAGAGAACUGCUCACGACAAAACUUCCAAUGGGUACCUUUCCGGUCAAGGUGAAUCCUCCUCUAGUAUGCGUGCAGCACGCCACAUCAAAGAAAGAAGUACUUUGCAUGAAGAAAAACAUAGGCAAAAUCUUUGAUGCAUUCAACAAAAACCAUAUGGCUAAGAGCCGAAGACAUUUCCAAAAGACGAGGAACUAUGAGAUCAAGUGGAUGAAUGGCAUGUUCAUAUUUAUGGCAUACAGGCAUUAUUCGUGGUGGCAUUUGCCGAGACAGGUUGCUAUUCCAGUGGUUCCCACUAUCAGAGUUUUGGUCACGUUUACAAAGUUCGAAGAACUAGAGCCGUUGGAUGAGUUCUCAACGCCUCCUUCAAGUCCUACUGCUACAGGCAGAGAAAGCCCAGCACUGAUGCAGGCCUCAAGUUCAUCUUGGUUUCAGUGGAUAAAAACUCCCUACAACCGCCCAGACACUUCUGCAGGUAGUUCAAGCAGUAGGAUAGAAAAUAUUCAAGACCCAUUUGGAAUUCCUCCAGAUUACACGUGGAUUACAGCCGAGGCAAAGAAAAAGAAAAUGCAGGAGAAGAGCAAAUCAAAGAAAGGAAAAAGUCGUGUCCAGUGACCUGAGAUGAGACUAGGAUCCAUGUCUACGAAGAGGAUUUACCUUGCUAAAGGGGCUUGACAUGUACCAAGUGAGUUGAUUGUUUUAUUGAUCUACUAAUCUACGAUACUCAAAAGAACAAAAAAUUCAGCGUCAUGCUGAUUCAUAUAAAAGUGAUGAUCUUUUUUAGGGGUGAAAAUAUGUUAUAUCAUUGUGGGGGUAUAAAAUAUCAUAGUUGUGAUUCUUGCAAAUGUUUGUAAACAAAAAUGGUGCAAUUGUUUCACUUCUAGUGGAUGCUUCCGCC